GUAGUGCAGUUUCUAGAUAGUCUCGACCCAAGGUCGCAGAGAGUAGCGGUUUCAGCUGUAAUAUCCUGAGUAUAAAAGGCGUUGGUUACGAUAUCACACAGCACAGUCACACUGAACCUCAACGAGUAAACAAUCCUGCUCCAAUAAUGGCGUUCAAAUUCGUUCUGCUCGCUACUCUGGUAGCUGCCGCCAGCGCUGGUCUGCUUCCUGUGGCUCACCAUGGAUCGAUCGCUACGUCUCACUCCACCAUCCAGCACCAUGCUGCUCCCGCUAUCCAUCAUGUCGGAUCGGUCCACGCCGCUCCGGCUAUCUACCAGCACUCAGCCCCGGCUAUCUACCAGCACUCGGCCCCGGCUAUCGUCAAGACCAUUGCUCAGCCCACGAUCAUCAAGUCUGUAGAGCACCACGCUCCGGCCAACUACGAGUUCUCGUACUCCGUCCAUGACGAGCACACCGGAGACAUCAAGAGCCAGCACGAAACUCGCCACGGAGACGAAGUCCACGGACAGUACUCGCUGUUGGACUCCGACGGUCACCAGCGCAUCGUCGACUACCAUGCUGAUCAUCACACCGGAUUCAACGCCGUCGUGCGCCGUGAGCCAUCGGCUGUGAAGAUCGCUCAGCCCGUGCACAAGGUGAUCGCCCAGCCCGUGCAUGUGCAUGCUCCAGUAGCUCACGCCACUGUCCAGCACCACCAUGCUGCCCCGAUCGCGCACUACUCCGCACCGAUCGCGCACCAUGCUGCUCCGAUCGCGCACUACGCUGCCCCGAUCGCGCACCACGCUGCUCCGAUCGCGCACUCAACCUCCAGCAUCGUCCAUGGACCGAGCCAUCUGAGCCAUCACCAUUACUUAUGUCUGAAGGACGCAGAGAGUAACGGUUUCAGUUGUAUUAUCCUAAGUAUAAAAACCGAUGGUCUCAAUACCAGACGGCACAAUCACAAACAGCCUCAACCAGUAAACAGUUCUGUUCCAAUAAUGGCAUUCAAAUUUGUUCUGUUCACUACUCUGGUAGCUGCCGCCAGCGCUGGUCUGCUUCCUGUGGCUCACCAUGGAUCGAUCGCCACGUCGCACUCCACCAUCCAGCACCAUGCUGCUCCCGCUAUCCAACAUGUCGGAUCGAUCCACGCCGCUCCGGCUAUCUACCAGCACUCGGCCCCGGCUAUCGUCAAGACCAUUGCUCAGCCCACGAUCAUCAAGUCUGUAGAGCACCACGCUCCGGCCAACUACGAGUUCUCGUACUCCGUCCAUGACGAGCACACCGGAGACAUCAAGAGCCAGCACGAAACUCGCCACGGAGACGAAGUCCACGGACAGUACUCGCUGUUGGACUCCGACGGUCACCAGCGCAUCGUCGACUACCAUGCUGAUCAUCACACCGGAUUCAACGCCGUCGUGCGCCGUGAGUCAUCGGCUGUGAAGAUCGCUCAGCCCGUGCACAAGGUGAUCGCCCAGCCCGUGCAUGUGCAUGCUCCAGUAGCUCACGCCACUGUCCAGCACCACCAUGCUGCCCCGAUCGCGCACUACUCCGCACCGAUCGCGCACCAUGCUGCUCCGAUCCCGCACUACGCUGCCCCGAUCGCGCACCACGCUGCUCCGAUCGCGCACUCAACCUCCAGCAUCGUCCAUGGACCGAGCCAUCUGAGCCAUCAUCAUUACUAAGAAUCAUUCUAGUGUUGUA